UACAGUGGAAAACACAGUAGAACUUUGCUGCUGAGUAAAGAACAAGAAUGUUUUCAGUGGAGAGGUUCAGAGAUGUCAACGAGACUGCUGCAGCUGAGGAAAUAUGUGACGAUGCUACAAGAGCUGCCGUCGAGUGCAAGGCAGAGAUCGACCGUCAGAGCAGAAUGCUGGAUAUCGCCUGGAACCCUUACAUCCUGUUACACAGAAUAGAUGCCCCACAGCAACAUGUGUGUAAGGAGGAGGAGACUGUGGCUGAGCAGAAGCUCUGUCACCAGGAGAGGAAGUCCAGUCUGGCCCAGGAGGAGCCAGAGCCUCCAAGGAUUAAAGAGGAGCAAGAGGGAGAGCAGUUCAUAAAGGAGGAGACUGACACGUGGAUGUUGACUCCUACGAAGGAUGAAAGUGAGCACAGAGAAGCAGAUGGACAACAUGAACUCCAGCUCCUUUGUCACAACUCUCAUGUUGCUGAGAAUCAAGAUCCCACAGAGAGAAAGCAGACAGAUGCAGAAAUAACUGGAAAAUCAAAACCUAGACAAGAGAAAGGCAGAAAACACACAGGUGAGAGCCGUCACUCUUGUAACACCCGUGAAGAAGGAUUCUUGUCUACCUCGCAUUUGAAAAGCCAUAUGAAGACUCACACAGGUGAGAAGCCUUUCUCCUGCACCACCUGUGGAAAAAGAUUCAGGUGUAAAUCAUAUUUGAAUAAACACAUUCGUACUCACACAGGUACAAAGCCAUAUACCUGUGGUACAUGUGGGACAUCAUUCACCAAGAAAUGUACUUUGAAUCGGCACUUUAACAUCCAUACAGGUGAAAAACCACAUACCUGCACAAAAUGCAACAAAUCUUUCAGAGAAAAAGGUCAUUUGACAUUUCACAUGAAAUCACACACAGAUGAGAAGCCUUUCUCCUGCAGCACCUGUGGAAAAAGAUACAAGCAUAAAUCAAAUUUGAAUAAUCAUAUUCUUGCUCACACAGGUAUAAAGCUGUACACAUGUGGUACCUGUGGGAAGUCAUUCACCAAGAAAUGUAAUUUGGAUAGUCACUUAAACAUCCAUACAGGUGAAAAACCACAUUCAUGCACAAAAUGCAACAAAUCUUUUAGACAUAGAGGUAACUUGACAAUCCACAUGAGAACACACACAGAUGAGAAGCCUUUCUUCUGCAGCACCUGCGGAAAAAAAUUCAGGCGUAAAUCAAAUUUGAAUAAUCAUAUUCUUACUCACAGAGGUACAAAGCCGUACACCUGUGGUACCUGUGGGAAAUCAUUUGCCCAGAAACGUCCUUUGGAUACUCACUUUAAGAUCCAUAAAGACAAUAAUGCAUGA